AUGCGUGGUCUCUAUAUCUGCUUGAUGUUUGCAGUGCUCACCUCGGCGACCAACGGCUACGAUGGGUCCAUGAUGAACGGGCUUCAAGCUCUUGAUCAGUGGGUCACCUCAUUCCACAACCCAAGCGCGGCUACCCGAGGACUUUUGAACGCCAUCAUGUCAGUCGGCAGCAUCGUUGCUCUCCCGAUCACUCCAUACAUCGCCGACAUUGCCGGAAGACGUGCCGGUAUCAUCACAGGAUGCCUUCUCAUGAUCGUUGGCGUUGUCCUUCAGUCAGCUAGUCUCAACAUCCAGAUGUUUAUUGCUGCUCGUUUCCUGAUCGGGUUCGGUGUUGCCAUCGCACAUGGUUCUGCACCAUUGUUGAUUGCAGAGCUUGUCCAUCCCCAGCAUCGUGCUAUCUUUACGACAAUCUACAACAGCACAUGGUACUUUGGCAGUAUCGUUGCAGCAUGGCUUACAUAUGGUACAUUCACAAUUAGCAAUGCGUGGUCUUGGAGGAUUCCUUCGAUUGUUCAAGCCGCCCCUUCAGUUAUUCAGCUGAUUGCAAUUUGGCUCGUUCCCGAGUCUCCCCGCUACCUCAUCGCCAAGGGCAAGAACGAACAAGCCCUUCAAAUCCUCGGCAAAUGCCACGCUCGUGGCGACGUGAACGAUGAGCUCGUGCAAAUUGAAUAUCGUGAGAUCCGUGAGACCCUCGCCCUGGAGAAGGAAUUCGAAGGCAACGGCUGGCUCGAGCUCUUCAAAACCCCGGGCAACCGCCACCGCCUCAUAAUCCUCAUCUCCCUCGGCUUCUUCUCCCAGUGGUCUGGCAACAGUCUCGUGUCAUACUACAUGAGUGAUGUCCUCAAAGGCGCUGGCGUUGAGAAUGCAAAGCUUCGACUAGAAAUCAACGGUAUCCUAAACAUCGUCAACUUCAUCACUGCCCUCACCAUGUGUUUCUUCAUCGAUAAACCCGGUCGUCGCCCCCUAUUUCUCUUCGCAACCGGAGGCAUGUGUGCUAGUUUCGUCGUGUGGACAAUCUUCGCUGCUGAGUUCAAGAAAACCGCUAUCAACGCACUGGGAUAUCUGGAAGUGACUUUCAUCUUCCUCUACUACGUAUUCUAUAAUUGUGCUUGGUCUGGCCUCCUUGUCGGUUACGCUGUCGAGAUCCUGCCGUACAAACUCCGUGCCAAAGGACUCACACUCAUGUUCCUCGCCGUCGACCUUGCACUCUUCUUCAACUCGUACGUCAACCCUGUCGCACUCGCGAAGCUGGACUGGAAAUAUUACAUUGUGUACGACUGCUGGCUUGCAGUUGAGUCUAUCGUGGUUUGCUUUUACUAUAUUGAGACCAGGAACACGCCCUUGGAGGAGAUUGUUAAGUACUUUGAUGGGGAGCAGGCGCUGCUGGGUGGUGAUCUCGCGACGGAGAAGGCAAGGACGUUGAUGUUUGAGGAGGGAAUUGAGACCGGGAAGACGGAUGUGGAUCGUUUCGAGAGCAGAGUGAGUACUCCGUAGUCAGGUAAAGUCAAUUGGAGUGGCGUUGUAGAGUGGGUGUAGAGACAGCGGUGACGUAUCUGAUGGGACAGGACGGUCAGGAAAUCUUCAUCCUAGACGGCAAAUCGGGUGCAGCGGGGGCAGUACCAGGGGAUAAUGUUUUCCGAAUUUCAAUCCAAUAUAAAUGACUUCGAG